AUGAGGCUCAUCCAUACAACGACUCUGGAUUUCCAUGAGUUCUUUUCAGAUAUUCCCGAGUAUGCGAUCCUCUCACAUACGUGGGGUGAAGACGAGGUAUCAUUCCAAAACAUGUCUUCGCCUGAUCGGUCACAGAAGAAAGGCUACUCUAAGAUCGUGCAGACCUGCGAUCUCGCCUGUCAAAAUGGCAUAGAAUAUGCAUGGGUCGACACCUGUUGUAUUAACAAAACGAGCAGUGCAGAGCUCACGGAAUCGAUCAAUUCAAUGUUCCAAUGGUAUCAGGACGCCGUCGUGUGCUAUGCUUUCUUGGAUGACCUCUCGCCCCAGGUUACUGUAGAACAGGGAUUGUCCAGUUGUCGCUGGUUGACUCGAGGAUGGACCUUGCAAGAAUUAUUAGCUCCGAAAAGCCUUAUCUUCUUCGAUUCGGAGCGAAACAAACGAGGGACAAAGCUCGAGUAUGCAGACAUUAUCUCCAAAGCGACUGGAAUUCCGAAAGAUGUGAUCCUCGGAGAAACGCCACUUACAGACUGUUCUGUAGCUCAGAAGAUGUCGUGGGCUGCCUCCAGGAAAACCACUCGUUCGGAAGAUGGAGCAUAUUGCCUACUGGGAAUAUUCGACGUCAACAUGCCCUUGAUCUACGGCGAGGGUCGCAAAGCCUUCCGUCGACUGCAAGAAGAGAUUAUCAAGCAUAGGAGCGACUUGACAGUGUUGGCCUGGGAUUGCAAGCCAAACGAAGGCAAAGCUGUUCGCCUGUUUGCCAAAUCUGCUAGCGCUUUCGCCAAUAGCUCUCACAUUCAACCAUUUUCCGACGACUUCGAGAACUUCUCUGUCACCAACAAAGGCCUAUUGGUAUCUGGCAGCGUUCCAAUGAGAAUCGCUUCUGUCACCAAACCCGACGGCACUCAAAGUCUCCGAUAUGUUCUCCUCCUUGGAUUCGAUGCUUCUUGCAAUUCCCCAACAAGUAGAGGCAUAUUCCUGCGCAAGGUGAGCCCUGGUCUCUUUUACCGAGAUGCCAAGUUUCCACUGGCGAAUUUCAACCUUGAAGAAAUCCAACGACUGCGAAAGAUAUUUGUUAUCAACUACUAUAUCUUCAUUGACGGGGAUAUAAUACGCCGAAACUCCUUUUACAUCUUUCGACGUGAGACAAUUCAUGUUCCGGCUGCGGAUAAUUUCCAGCUCAUCGACGCGGUACCCGAAUCCUUGUGGGAUCAUUCGGACCAGGUAUUUCUUAGACCUGCUCCCUACAAAUUUUCCGCAUAUCCGAUGGUACUGGCAAUGCUGUUCCAAGGAUCUAUAGAAGGCCAAAUUAUCCAUAUCGUUGUUCUUUGUGACUAUGAUCGGAGAGAUGCUCCCAAAUGCAAGAUAUUCAAUAGGGCUGCGCAUCAUCGACAAGCGGCCGUGAUCUUUACAGGAAGACAGAAAACCGAGUCCAUUCUUUGGGCAGAUUUCAGACUCCAAUUUCCGGAACUUUCGAACCUCACACAUACUACGGUGAUAAGUGUGGGGAACCAGAUCAGAAGAGUGUCUGUGGCUUUGGAAAAAGGAUCGAUGGAGACGCUACCGAGAAACAAGCAGUGCUUUCGUGUGAAGGUCAAUGUCGACAAUCUUCCCACGUAA